AUGAAUAUCUCCGGCAAAGAAAACACCUCUCAAAGAAUAAGCGCGGUAUUUCCGCAACAAAUUUUUGAAUCAGUAGACUUGUCGCAGCAAAGGUCCCCCACAAAUACAAUGGUAAUGGACUCAAUAGCAGGUCUUACGUGUGAUCAAAAACGUAUAUUACUUUAUAAUGUCCAACAACCAUUCGAAGUUCCGAUGACAGAAUUCGACAAUGAAUGGUGGCCUUUAGUUACGAACAUUUGGGUGAAAUUUAAAGGCAUUCCAAGUGAAAAACGACGGAAAACCAAGGUUCGAGAAGCAGACUUAUGCUAUGCAAAAAUAAAGGUAUCAUGGUUUGUUGUCGAGCAAAAAGCUGUUAAAGUUUUAGUAGAAAAGGAGGCGAUGAAAAAUUAUCCUACACCUGCAAUAGUAAAUGUAGUUAAAGAGUAUGCAUUUGAGAAGCUGGAUCUUGGCACGAGUAUAAAGGAAUUAAAGUGGAGGGAAGUCGCCAAUAUAAAGUACAAAGUCUGUGGACCACAAAACACUUAUCUUAUUGGCACUUCUAAACUAGCACCAGAUAUCCAAGAUGCAAUUUCUUUUUUAAAAAAGGAAGGUUAUCAA